GUGGAAGGAACUGACGUGAUUUUAUCUUGUAUUGUUGAUGGUGAACCAACACCAACGAUAUCCUGGACCAUGGCUGGAUCUCCAUUAAAUACAAGCGGCAAUUCUAGGAUUUCCUUUACGGAUAGCAACAGCCAGUUGACUAUAAGUAGAGUAGACAGAACAGACAGCGGAGAAUACCAAUGUGUGGCGAAGAACAGCCGUGGAAGUGUUUCAUCUAAUGUUACUGCACUGAAUGUCCAUUGUGAGAAAACUUUUUGCCCUUACAGUUCUUGUUUUUUUUUAAUAUUGUGAAAUUUAAAUAGUUGAGUAAACAUUUGCUUAGUUUUGAUAUGUUUGUGAUCUUCAAUCCUAGUUGACAGUUUCUUUACUAUUUCAAAUUACCUAGGAAUUAUUCAUUUAUGAAGCGCUGACUUACUUAUCUCCCAUGAAAUGGUUACAUAGCUCUUGUUUAAAUGCUCUCAGGUAACUGGGAAACUGCACAGUUUGGUUAGGUUGUAACAAACAAUUUAAAUCACUCCUAGAUUUUAGAAGGCCUCCGAGUAAAUCCCAGUUAAAGUAGCCAUACUCAGAUCACUCUGAUGCAUGGCACUUUAUAGAGAAUGUUUUUUCUCACAACAAAUCAGUUGGGUCAUGUUUAAUGAUAAACGUGUCUGUAGAUAUUAAGUAAUUUUAGGAUGAGCAGGUAAUUUAGUGUUAACAACUGGGUUGAAAACGUAAAUUAGCCACCGUAAAGGGUAAAAAAGCUGACGUUUCGAGCGUCAACUUUUUUACCCUUUACGGUGGCUAAUUUACGUUUUCAACCCAGUUGUUAACACUAAAUUACCUGCUAUACUCUCCCACCGACGCAGCACCACAGUUUCUUUAGAAACUUACCCCUUUAUUCUUAAUUUUAGGAUGAGAUUGAGCAAGAUAUCAGGACUUGUCAAUGUCGAGGUCUGAUUCAUCUGCCAAAAACCGGGGGCUGAUUAAGAUGACACAGAUAGUUCAUGAUAUCUUGCGAAAACUAAAUUCGCUAAUUUUCUUAUCCCUUAUUUAACAAUCUGCAAUAGAAGACACUCCUCCUGAGUUUGCAAAAGUUUGAGAACACUAGUCGGACGAGGGGCUUGGGAACUAGACAGAUUUUGAACUUUGAUGACCUAAUAUAUGCUGCACAUAUCGGGUUAUCAUGUCAUCUUCACCCGCUGUUCUAUAUUGACUGUAUUCUGUUGACAAAUUAGAGUUUUCAUAGUGAGUCUAAUGUAUAAUAUUGUUGGUUGUUUGCAGAUCAACCGGCAAUCACUCUCAAUCCCUUGAAUACCACUCAAGCGGAAGGAAAAAAUGUCACUUUGUCUUGUAACGCUACGGGAAAUCCAGAGCCAACUAUAUCAUGGAUCUUCAAUGGGUCUCGUAUCGGUACGAAUUACAAUCCUAAGAUUGUUUUUUCAAAAGACAAAUGGAAAGUGACGAUUACGAAUGUUAGCAGGAGAGACAGCGGAGAAUACCAAUGUCUGGCGUCCAAUAAAAUCGGAAAUGCUUCCUCCCAAGCUACACUGGAUGUGAAAUGUAAGUAGGAUGUAUCGUUAGGGUGACAAUCAUUCAAUUGCAUUGCUUGGAGGAGGAGUACCUAAAUUUUAAGACCGAAAGGAAAUGAUUUAGUGUGACGUGUAAAUGCUGUGUAAGUAAGAUUUCCUGUUGAAAUUGUGGGAGAUUGCAAAUUAUUUGUAGCCAAACCCUAUGAUUUGAACCAAUGAAUGUCAAUAUUCAUUAAGUUGUGUAGUCUAGACAAACAGAAGCUAGGAAUGGUUUGGUUAUCAUCGCUGGUGCUCACAAAACGAAAAUAAGAAUAGUUUUUAAACUGGGUAAAUACUCCGACUCAUCUGCUACACGAAGGUGUUGAUGUGGUUCACUUUUCACAAAACAACACAAACUCACGGCUUUUUUCCUGUCACAGACAUACCAGGAAUCACCGCUCAUCCGCAGAAUGAAACUAGGAAAGAAGGAGACAGCGCUAACUUUAUUUGUAACGCUAAAGGGAAUCCUGUGCCAAAAAUAUCGUGGAACAAGGGGAGCUCACCUCUUAGUAUCAACUCCAGGGUCAGUUUGUCAGCGGAUAACAAGAACCUUACUAUAACGAAUGUGAACAGAGUAGACAGUGGAGCAUACCGAUGUGUGGCUACCAACAGCCUUGGAAAUGAUACCUCCAAUCCUGCUUACCUAGGAGUGCUAUGUAAGUACAAUAUUUUAAUAACUUUGUCACGAAAUAUCUUACUUUGA